GAGCUCGCAGCCCAGAAGUCCUCAUGAGUGCCCUUAAGUUACAGUACAUACACGUGUACUCUACAUCCGCUGCUAGCAAGCAAACUUGGGCCAGAUGUACAAGUACCACCAUCACUCUGUGCAGCUUCAGCCUUACCAUAGCUCGCCUUCCCCACCAACCAUCAGCAACAAGGCUGCAGCCUAAACAGCGACAAACCACAAAGCCUGGGAUUUCAGACCCUGGCAAGAGUUUCUCUCAUCUUCAUUCCGAAACUUGAAUUGGAUGUAUUGUACAAGCUGGGAUCGACUGGACUGAACAUAGGAAAACAUGGAGCAGACCAAAGCGCUUAAUGCUCUCGAGCCUUUUCUAGCUCUGAGCAAAUCAGCCACGUCCCCGCGUGCUGCCGCCGACCUGAUCGUGCGAGUGACUUCGGCGCCGAAUACCUACAUCUUCACUGAGCUGCUUCAGACCCCACAGAUCCAGGCGCUCGCCUCGUCUGACGAGUUCGCGCCGUACCUGACCCUCCUCCAAAUCUUCAGCUAUGGCACCUACUCCUCCUACACCUCGACCGCCGGUCUGCCCAAGCUCAACGAUGCGCAGCGUCUCAAGCUCCGCCAGCUCUCACUCCUGACCCUCGCCAAGAAACACAGCAACAAUCCGCCGUCCCCGUCCCUCGACUACGCUUCCCUCCAAAAGGCCCUCGACCUCCCCAGCCGUCAAGCCCUCGAAGAGCUCGUAAUCAGCGCCAUCUACGCCGGCCUGCUCAAAGGGCAGCUCAACCCGAAGGACUCCCUGGUGCAGAUCAACAGCGUCUCCCCGCUGCGGGACGUCGCGCCGACUGCCAUCAGCGGCCUCCUCGCGAGCCUGCAAGCCUGGGCCGGGCGGUGCGAGGCGACGCUGUCAUCCCUCUCGUGCCAGAUGACGCAGCUGCGAGCCGACGUCGACCGGCGCGCGGCGCGGGCCGCCGCCCGCACACAAGAGACACACAAGCUGAUGGAGAACGAGCAAAAGGUUUACUCCCAAAUGGCGGGCCAAUCGCAAACACCGGCUCAGCCGGCCCGGCGGACCUCCAAGUGACAUCGGCCGUCAAGGGCCGCACGGGGGAUCCGGAGGACGGCGGUGCGGAUGGCGACAGUGAGAAUGGAGUGAGUAUGGAUGUGGAUUGUGAAGGGAGGGGUCCGGAUGGGAAGAACCGGGCGAGUAAGCGGAAGUUGGAGGCCUAAGUGCACACAAGACCCGGUGAGGAGGGUCUGCAAGGGGUCAUCAUGUAUACCCCGUCAAAAUAAAUUGAUGAAUGCCUGUAUCGAUGGCGAUGAGACAUUCACAAGAUAGGUCGCUCUGAUCGGUCAAAGAAGACCAGGAUGAAGUCCAGCGCAGUUAGCUCCGUUGGGAUGCAAUCCCUCUAGCUCAAGUACUGAAUGGCCCACGACACGGGGGUAUUUGGUAUCGUACAUCGGCGGUGAGUGCAAUGAAAAGCCAGGACGGAAAAACAGACAGCAACGAGAACAGCUU